AUGUUCAAACAUGCAUUACAAGCUGUUGCAUACCUCAGCGAAGACAAAAUCACUGCCAAAGUGGAGCUCUUGAAGAAAACAUUCACGUGGACGGAUGCUGAGGUGGGCAUUGCUGUUUCUAAGGGUCCAGCAGUGUUGUCCAGGACUAAAGAAUCGCUGCAGCGCAGGUCCGAGUUCCUUAUCUCCGAGUUGGGAUUGGAACCAGCAUACAUUGCUUAUCGUCCAGCAUUGCUCACUUAUAGUCUAGAGGGCCGGCUCAGGCCCCGGUACUACAUUGUAAAGUUUCUUAAGGAAAAUGGAUUGCUCAAGUGUGACCCAAACUACUAUACUGUUUUUAAGGAGUCCGACAUGACAUUCAAGAAGAAGUUCAUACACCCUCAUAAGGAAGCUGUACCACACCUUGAAAAAGACUACGAUGCUGCUUGCAAAGGGGAAGUGCCCACUAAUUUCAGAUUCACAUAA